AUGCGUGUGAAACGGUAUAGGCGGGACCUGAAAAUCGUCGUUACCAGCGCAACACUGGAUGUGGAAGCGUAUCUCGAGUACUUCGCGCGCGCUUCUCUGGACCUGGCUAAGCAGGAGAAGCAGGAUCAGGAAAAGCUACCAGAAGAUAUGAACACGAAGAUGAUAGAAGACGGGGACGCAAACAGUAAAAUGACAAGAAAUGGGAGCGGCAGGUCGGGCGUUGACACCACCCGGGAAGACGAUGAUGACGACGAGGAACAAGCGAAGAAGGAUGCUUGGGACAAGGUGCGACAGGCUGGUGCCGAGCGAAGAGGCGGAUCUGGAGAAAAACUUAAAAAAGACACAAACUCCAAAGAGCUGGAGGAAGCCGCGCCAGGAGAACCAGCAUCGAGACUGAAGUAUACAGUUGUUACGUGCGAAGGUCGGUGCUUUCCCGUGCGCAUUAAGUAUCUGUCUCAACCCUGUGCGAACUACAUCGAGAAGGCAGUGGAGGUUUGCGAGCACAUUCUCGCGACGGACACACGUCAUUACGGCGACAUUUUGAUCUUUCUCACGGGUGCAGAGGAGGUGCAAGCCUGUGUAGAAGUUUUGAAAGAUUAUUUCAGCGAGGAGAUCGAGCAAAAAAGCUUGCAGGUGGC